AUGAAAAAAAUUCUGGAUAAAUAUUUGCACAAACUUCGUAACAUUUUCUUUCUUUCUUUCUUUCUUUCUUUCUUUCUUUCUAUUCAGUGGAAAUCAUUUAUUUGCUUUGUUUUGCUUUCUUUCUCUUCCAAAAUCUUAUUUAGAAUUUCUUUCUUUCUUGCGCUUUUUCUUUCUUUCUUUCUUUCUUUCUUUGUAGCCAAAUUUCUUUCAUUUGCUUCUUUGUCAUUUUUCUUUCUUUCUAUCUUUCUGCUCGAUCCAAGUUUCAUUUCUUGGUCUUUCUUUCUUUCUUUCUUUUUUUUCUUUCUUUCUUUCUUUCUUUCUUUGGUUGAAUACCAAUUUCUUUCAUUUUCUUCUUUGUCUUUCCAAAUUCCUUUCAUUUUCUUCUUUCUUUCUUUCUUUCUUUCUUUCUUUCUUUCUUUCUUUCUUUCCAAAUUCUUUUCAUUUUCUUCUUUCUUUCUUUCUUUCUUUCCAAAUUCUUUUCAUUUUCUUCUUUCUUUCUUUCUUAUUAAAAAUUUCUUUCUUUCUUUUUUUCUUUUUUCUUUCUUUCUUUUUUUCUUUUUUCUUUCUUUCUUUCUUUCUUUCUUUCUUUCUAUCCGAAUUCUUUUCAUUUUCUUCUUUCUUUCUUUCUUUCUUUCUUUCUUUCUUUCUUAUAAAGAAAUUUCUUUCUUUCUUUUUUCUUUCUUUUUCUUUCUUUCUUUCUUUCUUUCUUUCUUUCUUUCUUUCUAUCAAAAUUCUUUUCAUUUUCUUCUUUCUUUCUUUCUUUCUCAUAAAGAAAUUUCUUUCUUUCUUUUUUUCUUUCUCUUUUCUUUCUUUCUUUCUUUCUUUCUUUCUUUCUUUCUUUCUUUCUAUCCAAAUUCUUUUCAUUUUCUUCUUUCUUUCAUAAGAAAUUUCUUUCUUUCUUUCUAUAAUUUCUUUCAUUCAUUUUUCUUUCUUUCUUUCUUUCUUUCUUUGUCAUUUCUUUCUUACUUAUAUCUAUCUGAUUUGUAUUCAUUUCUUUCAUACUUUCAUUCACUUUUUAUUUCCCUCUUAUUUAACCAUUUCUUCAUUUUGGAUCGAAACCGAAUUCAUAUGAUUUCCUUCUUCGUCUUUAUUUGUUUUUUGUUUGUUUGUUUUUUUUCUUUCUUUUAUUUCGAACCAAAUUCAUUUCAUUUCCGUCCUUCUCUUAGAUACAUUCAUUUCUUUCAUAUUUUCGUUCAUUUUCGCUUUUCUUGCUCAUUAAGACUCUUCUUUAUUCCUUUCUUUCUUUCUUUCUUUCUUUCUUUCUUUCUUUCUUUCUUUCUUUCUUUUUUUUCUUUCUUUCUUUGUUCGAGCCAGAUCCAUUUUCUUUCUUUCUUUCUUUCUUUCUUUCUUUCUUUCUUUCUUUCAUUUCUUCGAGCCAAAUCCAUUUUCUUUCUUUCUUUCUUUCUUUAUUUUUUUCUUUCUUUCUUUGUUCGAGCCAAAUACAUUUUCUUUCUUUCUUUCUUUCUUUCUUUCUUUCUUCGAGCUAAAUCCAUUUUCUUUCUUUCUUUCUUUCUUUCUUUCCCUCUUCUUUAUUCCUUUCUUUAUUCCUUUCUUUCUUUCUUUCUUUCUUUGUUCGAGCCAAUUCCAUUUUCUUUCUUUCUUUCUUUCUUUCUUUCUUUGUUCGAGCCAAAUCCAUUUUCUUUCUUUCUUUCUUUCUUUCUUUCUUUGUUCGAGCCAAAUCCAUUUUCUUUCUUUCUUUCUUUCUUUAUUUCUUUCUUCGAGCUAAAUCCAUUUUCUUUCUUUCUUUUUCUUUCUUUCUUUCUUUCUUUCUUUCUUUCUUUCUUUCUUUUAUAUAUUCAUUUCUUUCAUAUUUUCGUUCAUUUUCUCUUUUCUUUCUCAUUAAGCCUCUUCUUUAUUCCUUUCUUUAUUCUUUUCUUUCUUUUUUUUUCUUUCUUUGUUCAGGCCAGAUCCAUUUUCUUUUUCUUUCUUUCUUUCUUUCCAAAUCCAUUUUUCUUUCUUUUCUUUCAUUUGUUUUUCUUUCUCAAAUCCAUUUUAUUCCUUUCUUUCUUCUUUCUUUCUUUUUUCUUUCUUCAGGCAAAUCCAUUUUUCUUUCUUUCUUUCUUUCUUUUAUAUAGCUUAAAUUUCUUUCUUUCUUUUCUUUUCUUUCUUUGUUUCAUUUCUCUUUCUUUCUUUUCUUUGUUCGAGCCAAAUCAUUUUUUUUUCUUUCUUUCUUUCUUUUGUUUCUUUCUUCGAGAUAAAUCCAUUUUCUUUCUUUCUUUCUUUCUUUCUUUCUUUUAUAGCAAAGCAUUCAUUGCUUUCAUUUUCAUUCAUUUCUCUUUCCUUCUCAUUAUUCUUCUUUAUUCCUUUCUUUCUUUCUUUGUUCAUUUCCAUUUCUUUUUCUUUCUUUUUUCUUUCUUUCUUUUCUUUUUUUCGUUUAUUCCUUUCUUUCUUUCUUUAUUCCUUUCUUUCUUUCUUUCUUUCUUUCUUUUUUCUUUAUUUCUUUCUUUUCUUUCUUUCUUUGUUUCCAUUUCUUUCUUUCUUUCUUUUCUUUCUUUCUUUCUUUGUUCUUUCUUUUCUUUCUUUUCUUUCUUUUCUUUCUUUUUUUUCUUUUUCUUUCUUUUAAGCCUCUUCCACAUUCCUUUCUUUCUUUCCUUUCUUUCUUUCUUUUUUUUUCUCGAUAUAAGCCAAUUCAUUUUUCCUUUCUUUCUUUCUUUCUUUCUUUCUUUGUUCGAGCCAAAUCCAUUUUCUUUCUUUCUUUCUUUCUUUCUUUCUUUGUUCGAGCCAAAUCCAUUUUCUUUCUUUCUUUCUUUGUUCGAGCCAAAUCCAUUUUCUUUCUUUCUUUCUUUCUUUAUUUCUUUCUUCGAGAUAAAUCCAUUUUUCUUUCUUUCUUUCUUUCUUUCUUUCUUUCUUUUAUAUAGCUUAAAUACAUUCAUUACUUUCAUAUUUUCAUUCAUUUUCUCUUUCCUUUCUCAUUAA